AAAAGAACCAAAAAAAAAAAAAGAAAAGGAAACCAACCUUUUUAGCUUUUUGUUUCUUCUUGGCGAGUUCGCGACCUUGGUCGGAAAAUCAACAAUCGCUUCUCUGCAAUCUCAUUAUCGGCGCUAAUGGCUGACCAAGAGACCUUAGCGGCGUUGAAGAGAGCCUACGCCGAUACGAUACUGAACACAACGAAGGAAGCGGCGGCGCGUGUGAUGGUUUCUGAAAAGAAGGCGCGUAGGUAUCAGCAAGAACUUGUGACGGUUAGAGAUGAAGCACUUCAGACGUUGCUUAGGCUUAAACAGAUGCUUGAUUCCAAGGUCAAAGAGACGGAGAUGCAGUCCUUGAAGCAGCAACAGAAGGUUGAGGAACUUGAAGCUCAGCUUGGAGAAGCUGAAGAUAUUGUAGGCGAGCUGAGGAUGGAGUUGAGAGUACUCCACAAUGAGCUCAAGAAACUUACGAAUGGUCAGACACAUCUUAAAAGUGAUCAUGAGGAAGACCCCUGUGGGAAUAACCGCGAUGCUGCAGUUUCUGUAGUGCCUGAGGUUUCUUGCAGUCACGAGAGCACAGAAGCUGUAGAUUUUUGCAUCCCAGUGGAACAAAGUGGAUCAGUGGUGGCUAAUGGGAUAAAAGUACCAUCUUUGACUCGCAUAAAUAGUAUUAACCGGUGUUCUUAUAAAGAUAACAAGGAUCAGUGUCACCACACUCUUCCAUCUAUACUGACAAAACGCAGGGAAGCUGAAGGUUUAGCUCAGAUGAUCCACGCAGUAGAUAGCAGUAUGGCCAAUGGGGUUCUGUCGUCCUCUGUAGAAGUAGGAGAUGUGAAUGAUGGAGUAUGUCUUCACAAAGUUUCGUCUUGUAAAAUUGUAGAGACCUUAGAAAUGUCUGGUUGUGCUGAUGCUACUGACUCCAUAUCUACUGUUAGAGAUGGAGAAGCCCCGAAAGUGUCUCCAAACUCUUCUCAGAAGGAAGUCGGCACUCUUGUAUCCUUGAUAACAUCUCCUCCGAGGGAACAUGAAAAUGACGGAAAGCUGGAGAUUAGCGAAACAGAGGCGAGGAAGGAAGAAAAAGAGAGCUGUGAGAAUAUUGAGGUUUCGGCAUCUCCUUUGUGCGAAGAAACUCCAGUUUUAGCACUUAGUAAAAAUCGGUGUAUCAAGUACACGUUCAAGAGGAAGAGAAAGAAGGAGGUGUUAAGCAACAAUCUUGAAGGAGAUGCAUCGUUUGAGGAGAGCAGAAACAUGAAACAGAAGACCGGAGAGAAAGACGAUGGUUACUUGGAGUCUCUGAAGCCUAGUUUUACCAGUGAAUCAUCUCGGGAUGUAGUCUAUGCUUAGCACAGGUGGCUUGGAAGUAUUUUACUGGGCACAGCUUGUACCAUUCUCGUAGAAGAAAGAUUUGCAGCAGAACUAAUCAACCAGUAGGAUCCUCCGGCAAAAUGGUUAUAGUAGUAAAGAAUUCAUCUAAUAUAUACAAAAUUUACAAAUAUUCAAGAUACAUUUGAUUUUGAGUCAAAUCAAAGUUAUGUGAUAAGGAUAGGUGGAAACUUCAAAAUGCUUACACCUGGAUGGUGUAAGACUAAGAAGAGCGAGCUAUCAUUGUAUUUCGUACCUAUGUAAAUAAUCUAACGAAGAAGUCUUAUUAAA